UGUUGAAGCCGGUGCGAGGCACACGUUUGGCUGAACGAACCAGCGGAGUGAGUUGCGAUCUCAAAUACGAUUCCCGCGUGUGUGGUUGCUAUCAAUAUUGUGGUGAUAACAAUUCUUAUUGGAUGUGCUUGGAUACGGGAGUAUAUAAAUUACGAGGUUUAAGAUAUCACGAAAACAACUGGGUACCGCUGAGUUGACUGGUAUCUACAUCAUAAUCGCUGGGGCUCUACGUAUUGCGGAUAUGAGGAGGACAGACACUAUGGAGCCGAUAUCAGUAGCCGCCGUGACUGCUGUGCUGUCUAUGAUCGUUACAGGCGUGUCAUCCCUGCAAUGCUAUCAGUGUCACAUCAACCCACCUCCGGGCCACUAUUACAACACUACUAAGCGACUGUGUAUGAACUUCGACUAUUCGAAAGACUUCAUCGUCGACUGCCCCUACUCUACCUUCUGUGUCAAACAGGAGUUUUAUCUGAACUUACUGAAUGGAGAGCGGGUAGACGCCACUCUCCGGGAUUGCGCACCUCAGAAACAUGAGUACCAGGAUUACAAGAACGGGCAGUGGUCGCCCAAAAUGGAGAUCCUCGAACCGUAUCGCGAGGGCUGUGAAGACGUCGACGACAAGGGGCAACGAACCACACCCACCCGAUACUGCUACUGCCGAAGCGACCUAUGCAACUCAUCUCCAACGACAAACCACGAAGGAUACACGGACAUCAUGGGUGUGAUAGUGGUGUUCAACCUCAUGAAGUACAUUAACAGCCUCAGGUAGUGACUGUGACUAGUGGACCUUCCAGUGCCAACAUGUAGGCUAUGAUUGCUAUGAUACAAUACGAGGUUGUGACUGCCAGUCUGUCGGUAAGAGUGAACAUUACCAGUUUAUGAGUGAAAGGUAAUGGGGAGCAUCCAGCCACAUUAUAUAGCUUUGUUUUAUUUUUUAAAUGUCCAGUGUAUUAGUGAAUAAAUGAUUAUAUUUAUCUGUAAAUAGCAAGUUAUAAUCCAGUUAAGUUAAGUCAUAGUCAAGCCUACACUGAAAGGAAUAAGAUUGCAUAUUUACUUCAAUAUGUUACUCAUAAUUAUACGUAUCGUGAGCCAAAAGUUACUUGAUUCUACUUGCAAGGAGUUUUGGAAUAUACCUAUUACUUAUAUUGGAUCUAAACCUUCAAUUUAUAAUCUUUGAAAUAUUCAAUUUAUAAUUUCUCUAUGGAUGUUCCUCGGCUAUACGACUCAAAAUUGUGAUAUUGACGAAUGAAUGUAUUCCAAAGGGACCAAUCUUUAGAAUUAAGAUAUAUUGUAUAUAUUUAAAAAUAAUCUAAUAAAAUAGAUAGACAAUUUAAUUAAAAGCUAGAAGGUACUUCGGCUCAGAAAAACUGAGUAUGUAUCUAUGGUACUAUUACCGUUUAUCGCAGAUACGAUGAGAAUUCCGGUGUAUAAAAUCAUUUGUUUAGAUAUUGGUGUGAUGUUUUUUUACUUCAUUUUAUAAUUAAUUAUAUUGAGUAAAGCAGAAUAUUGCGUGUUGUACCUAAUUUAAUGCACAUUACAUAAAGUAUAUACCUAUUUAUUACCUAGUAUUUGUGUCGGAAUUGUUUGUUCUGUAAAAAACGGGACCUGUCAAAUCGUCUGAAUAGGUAAGCGGACCUUGUGAAAAGCGGGAUAACGAUAGGGAGAUGAUUUUUGUCGGAAUUUAACAGUAUUUAAAUUACAAGAAGGAAGUAUCUACAGUAAUAGUGAAAUGAGUAACAUAAGCUCACGACUAUAUCACAAUUGGGAUAAUGAGAAGUACAUCCUAAGUACCCACACCUGACCAAGCUUUCUUUGCUUUUUGUUUAGACCAACGUGAUAGAUGGUGAGCCGUAUCGCUGCCUAUAAUGGUCGAGCCAAUUGUUUGUGAAAACUGCACUUGAUAAAUUAAUAACUUAUUGGUACAAAUCCGGGGGAGUCUAGUAGGAGAAAUUAGUAGUGUAAGAAAAUUUGGAUUUAAAAGUUAAAUACGUCAUAACUAGCUGAAAAUUUGCAUACGCACUUUGACUUUUUGUCUACACCUAACCUAAGUAAGUGAACAGUGUGACUGAGUAGAAGUACCUACCUACGCCUAGUCUCAUAAAAUGAGAGUUUAAAGUUUUAUACUAAUUUUAGUUUAAAAUGUAUAUAUUUACUGAGAUCAUGUUUGGAAAAAAGAUGUUAUUAAAAUUGAAUACUUAAUUUUAAAUAACACGAAGUAAUUUGUAAAUUAUUUAAGUACGAACAUUUUUGGUGCAAAUUGUUUCAACGAUGAUAAAAUAAAUCAAUUAAUUAUUUAAAA